AUGAGCGGCACCCCCGCGGCCCCGCUCGAGGACCCUGCGACGCCCAUCGAGCCCGGUCCCGCUCCGCGCCCGCCCGCCAAGGCCCUGGAGUCGAGCCGCCGCAACAUGGCCAUGUUCUUCCUGCAAGGUCUUCUGAACAACGUCAGCUACGUGAUCAUGAUCGCGGGGGCCAACAGCAUCAGCGAGGCGUCUGUCGGUCUGGUGUACUUCUGCGCGAUCUUCCCGUGCCUGGUCGUGAAGACCACGGGGCCGUACUGGUUCCACCUGUGCACGUACCGCGCCCGGCAGUGGGCGUGCGCGGCGCUGAUGGCCGCCGCGUACUGCUGCGUGGCAUACGGCUACGGGCGCUCGCAGGCCGUCCAGCUCGCGGGCGUGUGCAUCUCCUCCGUCCAGGGCGGUCUCGGAGAGGCGUCCAACCUCGCGAUGGCCUCCUUCUUCGACAGCAAGCGCAUGCUCACCCUCUGGUCCAGCGGCACGGGCCUCGCAGGGGUGGCGGGGUACACCUGGGUCGCGGUGCUGCACACGCUCCUCGGAAUGUCGUUCCCGGCGGUGCAGAUCCUGGCCGCGUUCACCGCGUUCGUGUGGCUCGCGAACUUCCACGUCGUGAUGCAGCCCACGCACGGGCUGCUGCAAGCCGAGGCGAAUGUGCGGCAGCGGAGCGGUGCGGACGGCCGGCUCGUGCAGUCGGCGGUGCGCGCCGCGCAUGGCGCGGCACGGCCCGCGCGGCGCCACGACCUGGCGGGGGGGGUAGCGCCGGUGGAGGCGGAGGCUCUGCUGAGUCAGGGGGGGCAGUCGGACUCGGAACGACAUGGGCGGCCGCGGAGGCUCCACGAGCGGCUGCGCCGGGGCGAGAGAGUCGUGCAGUCAGACGUGGAGGCGCGGCAGGGACCGGGGGGAGUGCUGCCGGGGGGGGAUGCGGGGCAUGGGGCGUGGAAGACAGCGGACAUGCGGUUCGGGGAGCGCGUGCGCCGGACGCUCUCGCUGUGGCCGUACACGGUGCCGCUGGUGACGGUGUACGCGCUGGAGUACGUGCUUCAGUCGGGGGUGUGGACGGCGAUCGGGUUCCCGGUGGAGUCGGCGCGCGCCCGACACAGGUUCUACGAAUUCAGCAACUGGAUGUACCAGGCCGGGGUGUUCGUGUCGCGCUCCUCAGGGAUGGCGUUUCAGGCCUCGCGGCCCGUGCUGUGGGCGAUGCCGGUGCUCCAGGCGUGCUUUCUGGCGUUCUUCACGUGGGUGGCCGUGGACCACGUGCUGUACUCGUGGUGGCUGCUCGCGCCAUGCUUCUGCGUGGGGCUGCUGGGCGGGGGCGUGUACGUGAACGCGUUCACGCUCAUGUCGUCGGAGGUGCCGUUACAGUACCGGGAGUUCUCGCUCGGGGCAGCCAGUCUGGCCGACUCCCUCGGAAUAUGCAUCGCGGACAUUUUCGGAAUCUUCGUUCAAGGAUGUCUGUUCAAGGCGAACAACCUGCCGGGGGCCGCCUUCUCGUGCGGCAGCUAG